AUGUCGUCUCGCGUUGGUUUCCGCUUUGUGAACAACACUCGCUUUGCGUUCCGCAAUGCCUCCGCGCCAUUCCGCCGGCCGGGUGGCCAGGGCUUCCGCUGGCAGAGCUCCGAAGCCGCUGCUGCGGAGAAGGAGAGCGUCUUCCAGCGCCUGUGGAACAGCCCUGUUGGUGUGAAGACUGUCCACUUCUGGGCCCCGGUUAUGAAGUGGUGCCUGGUUCUCGCCGGUGUCUCCGACUUCGCCCGCCCCGCUGAGAAGCUCUCCCUCACCCAGAAUGCCGCUUUGAUGGGAACUGGUGCCAUCUGGACUCGCUGGUGCUUGAUCAUCAAGCCCCGUAACGUCCUGCUCGCCACUGUGAACUUCUUCCUCGGAUGCGUGGGUGCCGUUCAGGUGACUCGUAUUUUCUUAUGGCAGCGCAGCCAAUCUGGGUCGACCAUUGAAGCCGCCAAGGAGAUUGAGCACGAAGCCGCUGACUCCGUCAAGGCCGCCGGCGAGGCGGCUGAGGGCACCGUGAAGAAGGUUGUUGAGAAGUCGACUUAG